AUGUUGAUGCCAACGAAAAAUCGUAAAGCAAUUUAUGAAUAUUUAUUUAAGGAAGGCGUUUGUGUUGCUAAAAAGGAUUAUAAUUUGAAAACGCAUCCUGACAUUCCGAACGUUCCAAAUCUUCAUGUUAUAAAGGCAUGCAAGAGUUUGGCAUCCAGGGAUUAUGUAAAAGAGCAGUUUGCUUGGCGUCACCAUUAUUGGUACCUAACAAAUGAAGGAAUCAAUUAUUUACGAGAAUACCUCAGUCUACCUGCUGAAAUUGUGCCAGCAACUAUGAAAAACAAGCCAAAGGAAACUCGACCUGCAUUUACCGGCGAUCGUCUUGCUCGUGGUAGCGAUAGAGAAGCUUAUCGUGUAGCGGAAAAAGCGACAGAAGCUGGACCCGGUGCAGCCCCCGUUGCAGGGUAUCGUGGCGGUUAUGGUAGAGGUGCAGCACCUCUGUGA